UUUGCGCGUUACCGGCCAUUUCAUUCACAACGCUCCUACACGCGUUUCCUCUUUAUACUUAUGAGCUUUCUUUCUCACGCCUAAUUGAUCUUGCCGUAUCGUAACGUGUGCUGUAAACAGAAAAAUCGAUAAUAUUAAAACACAUUAAAAUCGGAUCGUUCAAAAGCCGAUAAACAGUCUAUGGAAAUACACAGCUAUCCAUUAUUGAAUAUAGGCAGGCGGUAAGAGUAUCCUAAAUAACCUGUGCACCAGUCUCUUUCUCCCUCUCUCUCUCUCUCUCUCUCUCUCUCUAUAUAUAUAUAUAUACACACAUAUAUGCGUACAUACACAGACACACACAGACAAUCAGAAAAUUUUCAUUUACAUUUCCAACAUUCUUAAUAACAUAUGACAUAUGUAUCGGUGUAUAACAUACAGGGCACAUUUAUUUGAUUUGCAACUUAUUUACUCUCAAGAGAAAUGAGUAAAAGAGAAGGAGAUGGAUGUGGCCGAAAAAGGAAGACAGAAUCAGCGCAGAAAACAGAGGAAUGUGUGGAUAGGUCAUCUCCUGUGAUUGAGGCAUUCAAAUUGUUUCAACAAGAACUUGACACCAAGCAUGACAAAUAUGAGCGCCUUGUCAAACUCAGCCGAGACAUUACAAUUGAGAGCAAGCGGACAAUAUUUCUGCUGCACAGAGUGACGAGUGUACCCAACGUUGAGGAGAUUUUAAAUGAGGCAAACAUCAGACUGGAUGCUGUGAGGCAGAAGAUUGGUCAUGUAGCUGAGGAGCUUGGAGAAGAUGAUCUCUAUCAGUUCCACAAAGCCUUCAUGCCAGGUAUUCAGGAGUAUGUGGAGGCGGUGUCCUUCAAUCAUUUCAUUAAGCACCGUACCCUGAUCAGUCUGGAGGAGAUAAACGCCUGUCUUGUAUUCAUGAGAGAUGAGAAGACAGAAACAAAGGUUUGUGGCCGGGGUUUGUGGCCAGGAGCAUGCGUGUUAACAUUCCAAGUAACGCCGACCGACUACCUUCUGGGUGUGGCUGAUCUGACUGGUGAGCUGAUGCGCAUGUGCAUCAGCAGUGUUGGAAAUGGUGAUGUGGAUACACCCUUUGAGCUCAGCAACUUCCUGCGGCAGAUCCAUGAUGGCUUUUCUUAUAUUGGUAAUGUGGGUCCCUAUGAGGUCUCUAAAAAGUUGCAUACUCUCAGACAGAGCCUUGGUAAGGUGGAGGAUGCCUGCUACACACUCAGAGUGCGUGGUUCAGAGAUUCCCAAACACAUGUUAGCGGAUGUUUUUUCAAACAGGGCAGCAGUGUUGGAGGAAGAUGAUGGAGCAGUAUAGAGGGCCUAUUUCUUGUGUCUGAAAUAUGCAUGAAGGUCAGAACUUUAUCUACUAUUAUGGGAAAAAUCAUGCCCCUGUAAUUGAUUUUAGAGGUCCUUGAUUGUAGCAUGAUGUAAUCAACUAUGAAUCCUGGGUUUGUAGCAUGUCAGAACACAUGUUGAAAUGUUCCAGUCUUCUCCCUGUU